AUGUACAGCGUCGCCAUUCUCGGGGCAUUGCUCGUCUUCCUGGGGUCGGAGAAGAGCUUCGUGCACUUCAGUCGCACCGCGCGCCGGGUGUUCUGGUACCUCCUGAGCUGCGCCCUGGGCCUGUGGCUGGUCCGUUGGCUGCAGACCCUGGAGGGGAUGAGCAUGCUCUGGGUCUUCCUGUCUGCGGUCCUGGCUGCCUCGGUGGUGGAGGACGAGGUGAGCAAGGCUAGGGGCUUGGUCAUCCUCGACAACGAGGCGUGCCGACGCCAGCGCGCCGCGCUGCGCACGCCCGCCGCCCAGGGCCUGGCGGAGCGGGUGAUGGACCUCGUGGCAGCGGUGACCCGCGGCCAGGGCUACACUGCCGGCACGGUGCAGCUGUUGGGCGAGCUGCGCGGCACCACGCGCCGCCUCCGUGCGGGCCUGCACGCCGCGCUGGCCGGCGCCGGCGCCGACGAGCUCAACUACGUGCUCACCGCCGUCAACGCGCCCGCGCUGCUGGAGGUGGUGGCGCCGGAGACGGUCACCGUGCUGGUGCGGGGGCGUGUGGCGGCGCUGACCACCGUGUCGCGCUCCGUCCUGGUCGACGCCUUCCAGAAGCUGGGCCUGCGCCACCGCACGAGCCGCCAGGCCGCAGUGCGCGACGUGCUGCUGGCCACGCGGGGGCUGGACCUCACCCGCCUCAAGGCCUACAUCGACGACGGCGGGGACUACCACUCCUGCUACAAGCUCAUGUACAACGACCUGCAGGGUGAGCUCCAGCAGGAGGUGCUGGCGCACGUGACGCGGGAGGGGCGGCGCGUGGCGGCGGCCUUCGCACGGCACGCCGGCCCCUCGGCCCCGCCGGGCGUGGUGCUCAAGGUCCUGUCCGACGUGGACGACACGCUGUUCAGCUCCGGUGCGCACUGGCCGGCGGGCGUAGACGCGCGCUACCCGCGCAAGUGCUUCUACCCCGGCGCGCUGGCCUUCUACGCCGAGCUGGACCGCUGCUUCGCGGCGCGGCACGCCGGCGCCCUGGCCGCCGUGGCGCAGGAGCUGCAGCUGGAGGAAGCCUACGCGGCCAUCUACCCCGAGGCCGCGCUCGUGCUCGUCGGCGACAACGGCCAGGGCGACGUGCUGUGCGCCGAGGUGCUGUGGGGCUCGCUGCGGCCGCGCGCCGAGGCGGAGCAGGACGCCGCAGCGGGGCUGGCGGCGGGCGACGGCGUGCGCUGGGGGCGAGGGGACAUGCGCGCCCGUAAAAACUUCGUAUAG